UAGUAUAUUUAAAUGUGUGCCUAGUUUGAAGGCAUCUAGGCUUCUAAAUAAGCAAACAUGAGAAAUUUCAACAAUCAGUACAUUUCUCUGUUUACAAUCCAAUGUAAUGACAAAGAAAAUAUGCUUCCUCUUUUUCGUUGCGGAUUAUUGCAAUAACCAAAGGAGGAAGUGAAGUAGGCCUAACCAACAACACCUAAACCUAAAUUUUUUCUCUCUCUUUCUUAAUUUUACAAAUGAUAGGCCUAGCCUACUACAUUUCAAACGACCGCCUUUUGUUUUUCUUGACUUGUUAGCAUGGAUAUUAUGGCCCCUGCUGGUAGAUGCCAGAACUACAUAAUUUCACGAGCAACCAUUUCUUCAGUCAUUCAAAAGUAGCCAUGAAUUUUGAUUGAAUUAAAUUAAUGGAUUUUUUUCCUUUCUUUUUUUCAGGGAGGUUUUUAAAAGUGAUGGAUGAAGAAUGUGUGAAUGCCGUUAAAACAAUGGUCAUUUAACGCGCUGAACCGCCAAUCGGACGUCUGCGUUAUGCCCAAGCCACACUCAUUUCCUGUCCGCUCUUGGAAACAUCCCAGCCAGCACUCCACAUCUGCACAGCAGGCUACGCAUAGAUGCAGGUUUUUGAACCUAAUGUUUAGUUGUAAGUUAAAAAAUUUUUUUUAAUGGAAAAUAACAGAAGAAAAUAUUUCCUCAUCGCUGUCAAGUUUAGAAAGGUAAACAGCUACUGAUCCCAUGUUGAUUGAACUUUUACCAUUCUGUGAAUCUGUGAUUAUAUAACUCGCAAGGAUUUUGGGAAAAUCAAGUGUUGUAUGAGUCCUACAGUUGGAGGAGGUCGCUGCCAUGACUCUGAUAGUAGCAUCAUGUCUGCUUCUGUUUCUAAUGACCUCUGUGCCUGCGGGUCAGGCUGCGAAGUGUCCGCGCAUCUGCGUUUGUGACAACACAAAGCUCACUGUGACGUGUGUAGGGAAGAAUCUCACACAUAUUCCACCUACUAUAAACGAGAUCACAGUGAAACUGGACCUGAAGAGGAAUAAUCUUGGGGAACUGGCUAAAAGUUCUUUCAAACACACCCCCUAUCUGACCCACCUGAACCUGCAGGGGUGCAGUAUCCAGUCUGUACAAGAGGGUGCGUUCCGGGGACUUUCUCGUUUGGUGCAGCUUGACCUCACUAACAACAACAUUGACAUCCUUUACCAGGAAUCAUUUGAUGGUUUAUCAUCACUGAAGCAGUUGUAUUUAGACCGGAACCGGAUUGAAGAGAUCCACCCUGGAGCGUUUGCUGCGUUAAACUCUUUAAACCUGCUUUCCCUCACUCAUAACCAGCUAGUCUACCUCCCUAACAUGGCAUUCCAGGGAAUGUUAAAUAUCCAGUUGUUGCGUUUGAGUUAUAACUCCCUAAAUAAUCUUGCGACAGAAGCCUUUGCUGGUCUUCUUGCACUUACGCACUUAAACCUUGACCAUAAUGAACUCCAGUACUUUCCUACCAAAACAAUGACCAGAUUGGUGGAGUUGACUCAUCUAGAUCUGAGUUUUAACCCCAUGACAUAUCUGGUGGAGGAGAGCGUGUCAAUGCCAAAACUCACACAUCUGUCUUUGAACCACAUGGCCCUACAGGACCUGUCUGAGUCGGCUCUGUCUCUGUCUCCCUUUAUCUCUCACGUGGACCUGAGCUACAACCAGCUCCCUUACAUACAGGCCCUCACAGGGUCCUCGCGGCUCACCAGCCUUAACCUCACCGGAAACCCCAUCAGAUGUACAUGUUUACUGCAAGGGCUGAAGAAAUGGGCGCUGCGCUCAGGAAUCAAGCUCUACGGGGCCUGUGCUUGGCCGCCACAUCUCUCAGAUGAACCUCUAGAAAAUGUUCAAGAACAAGACCUCCGCUGCAGACCACAGGAUGAGUUGAUGCCAGAUGAGAUUGAAAAAGAAGGAAAAGAAGAAGAUGGAGUGCGAGAAAAGGCUGUGCCAACAGCCAAGCCACAGAAAAAGAACAAAUGCCCAAAGAAUUGCCAGUGUGAGCCUGCAGCUCAGCACGCUACAUGUGAGGACCGUGGUCACACUAAAGUGCCCACUGGUUUUCCUGGCAACACUCUUCUGCUUGACAUGCGUGGCAACCAUUUCCAUUAUCUACCUAGAAACAGUUUUCCUGGUGUCCCCAAGGUGGUGUCCCUUCACCUGGACGGCUGUAAGAUUCAUGAGAUUGAGGGUGGAGCUUUCCAGGGCAUGAAGGGGUUAAUGUACCUCUACUUGUCCGACAACCAACUGUCCUCCCUGGACGCAAAAGCCUUUGAAGGUGCCCAUGAGAUCAUGUACCUUCACCUAGAAGGCAAUAAGCUCACUCAGUUUCCUUCUUCAGCUGCACUAGCUCACAUUCCCAAACUCCUCGAGCUGCAUCUGGAGAGAAACCUCAUAGCUAAACUAGAGCCUUCAGGGCUCCUUUCCACAGUCCCUCAGCUGACAGGCCUCUACCUAAACAAUAACGCCAUCGCAACCAUAGUGCCAAAAGCUCUGGAUCCAGCACCCAAGCUGGACGUUCUUCAUCUCGAAGCUAAUGUGCUAACGGAAGUGCCGAGUGAUGCGCUAGGCCACGCCCCUCUUUUAUCUGAGAUCCACCUCUCAGGGAAUCCGAUUCGCUGGAUUGGGCCAAAAGCAUUCCAGGUGGUGGCUGGAAGUCUAAAGCACCUGCACAUUGAUAAAAUGGGUCUUCAAAAGAUGAGUGCGAGGUCUCUGGCAGGGUUUGGUCCUGGUCUGCUGUCUUUGUCUCUGGAAGAGAAUCAGUUAGAGGAGUUGCCUGACCUUUCACCUCUUACUGGCCUUCAAAGCCUCACGCUCAACAAAAAUCCACUAAUGUGUGACUGCAAAUUGCUACCAUUUUAUAGAUGGUUGGAAAAUGCAAGUCUAAAGGUUGAGGCUGUGUGCGGUUACCCCCCUGAGCUGCGAGAUCAGUCCGUGAUAGAGGCGGUCAUCUUUAAGAACUGCUCUAAAGAAAAUACUCAUUCCUUCAAUGAGACCUCUAUCCCCACCAAAGCCUCUAAACCCAACAAGCCCAAACCCAUGCAGACCACAGCAAAGGCCAGACCCAUACCAUCUGAAUCUAACCCUAAACCAGCAAAGACCAAACUGACAGCGGCACCAAAGAAAAAUGAGUCUAACGAACUCAAACCAGUGCGAGUCCUGAAAAGAACCAGGCCAAACAAGAAAAAAAGAGGAAGGCAACCAAGGAUUAUAUUAUCAUGGAAAUGAGCCGUUGAGUUUUUUAUUUAAACUAUAUAUUUUACUGUGUGGUAGUAUUACUGUUGAUUUGGUUACGAGUAAAGCUAAUAAAGAUAUAGUUACUACUGUAUUCUGUGUUUACAUCCACUGAUCAUAAAUUGUGCAAUGUAUUUUAGGGCAAAACAAAAAUAAUAAUCCGUGAACCAUUCCAGCAAAAGCUGUUUAGGCAUAUGUCUUUAUUCAUAAAUAUGACUUUUCAUAAUAUCAAGUGUGUGUAUAUUCAAAUAAAU